AUGGAAGAGGCUGAGGAAGAGCAAGAGGAGGAUGAGCUCCCCAUGUACCAAGAGCACUACAAUGCUCUCUUCUCCAUGGACUUUGUGGAGACUAAGCACCCACACGAUGACACCAUGAGAGAUCUUGGUAUCUUUGAGGAUGUGGAGUUGGUGCUCAAGAACAUGCAAUUGGGGAAGUUCUUCUCUCACCGCAUGGAGUCUUACAAGGAGUUGACUUGUGAGUUUUUGGCGUCGAUGAAGCAUCACGAGUUUGAUGAGCUCGAUCGAGCUGAGUUGGACCGAGGCUGGGGGUACAUAACUUUCCUAGCAAAGGGAGAGAAGAAGAUGGUGACCUUUAGGCAGCUUGAGAUACUGUUUGGGUUCACCUAUGGAGAAGGUAACCUAUGGAACAUCAAGGAAGAAGAACUCCAAAGAGUAUGGGCUACAAUAGCUGAAGAGGGGUACUCUUCCUCAAGGUCCAAGGCUGCCCAGAUCAGAAGUCCUGUGCUUAGAUAUGUCCACAAGGCUCUUGCAAACACCUUCUUUGCAAGGAAAGCCACUGGAACAAUCAAUGAGGGAGAAGUGAAGCUCCUUACCAUGGGAAUCAAGCCUAUCAUCUCACGCACAAGGAUGGGAAGAAGAUCAGAGGAGACAGGGCACACGCAGGGAAUCUCAUGCCUCUCCUUGAGCAGCUCCAAGCCUACAAGGUCACAGCUUACAACACUAGGCACCAAAGAGGAAGAAAGCUUAGUGUUGGAGGGGUGA